AUGUCAGAGAUCCCCCCCAACAGCGGAGACGCUGCAUCCAGGUUCGACCUUGCUGAGACGGCCAGAAUCCUGGCUUCCUCUUCAACUUCCGCCCGCAUCAGUCGGCUUCAUUUCCUUGGUGAGGCAAUAUCACACAGAAAGCUCAAUCGAAAUGACAGCCAAACGAUCCUCCAGUCCCUCUUCGCUACUGUUCCGUUUUACCAAGAUCGCGAAUCGAGAUUAGCCGUACAACGAUGCUUGAUAUCACUUGUUACCGUGAGCACUGAGGGAGACGACUUUCAACGCAUCGUUCAAACUGUCCACACAGAGAGCCAGAAGCAAGCAGUCGCUACAUCGACUGCAUUUGUCUGGGUGGAAUGGUGCAGCGUCCUUGUGCAACAUCUCGCCGGGACUCAUAGAUGGGAAACUUUUGGUAGAGAGAUUCUCAUAUCGGUCGCCGAUUUUCUGGAGAAAUGCCUCCGUCAUCCGCUGAAGCACGGUAUUGCUCGAUCAGCUCUGGUUGUAACCCGGCGAGCAUUCCGAAAGCUCUUUGGCAUGCUUGAUACUGGCAAUAAAGCGCUGGAAGAUGCUGUCAAGGUUCUCACAUCCAAGCAAGCGCAGCCUACCGCGAAAUUUUCUUUGAUCCUAGGAGUCAUUGCUGGGGUAUGCGCUCGUUCUCCUCUGUUGAAAAGAUCAUUUUCUCCAUUAAAGUCGAGUUAUUACGAAUUCUACGCUAGAGAGGUGAUCGGCUCGCGCGUCUCUAUACCGGCGCAUAUCGCUGAUGGCCUAGAUGACUUCUUCGCCGCGUUCUCGUCGGGAGAAGAGCUCAAGGCAGAUAUUAUGCCAAACAUUGAGAAGGGCCUGCUACGAUCCCCGGAAGUCAUUCUCACAGGCGUCUUGAAGCCACUAAUUAGCUCACUUCCGAAAGGCCUCGACAUGUCGGAAGUCCUCGAGAAAAGCCUUCUCAAACCAAUAAUCUCGAACCUCAGAUCGACGAACGCAUCAAUUCGAGACGCUUCUGUCACCGUCUUCAGCGUCGCAAUUGCGCGUUGUCAAGAUCAGGAAGCUAUCAACCGCAUCAUCCAGGACAUUUCCGGUCCUCUGAAAGCUGGCAAGAUUGCUUCUGCCGACCACCGUAUUCUGUACGCCUCGAUGCUGGAGAGCAUUCCCCUGUCAGCCACAGCUGCAGAAGCUGUAUCUACGACGCUUGCAGCUGUCACGGCUAAAGAAGGAAACGAGGCAGCACUUUCUGCAGAGCUUCGAGCUCUGGACAUAGCACUUGGCUACAUGUUGAGAAGCAAUAAAGCUAUUCCUACAGCUAUCCAAGAGGUGUUAGCGAAAGGACUUGAAGACAAAAGGGCUCCAGUCAAGAAGUUGUGGACCUUAACCGCAGGGCAGAUCCUGUGGAGCAACAUAGACGCUCCGGUGGUAGACAACUCCAGUUCAUUCGUCGAGGCUAUUACACCGAAACUAGCAAAGACUCUAGAAGAAGUUGCCUCCAAUCCUGCAACAGCCUCGCAGAGUGGAUUGAUAGUCGGCGCUUAUGUCCUUAUAGCUCUGCACAAGAGACUCAAGCAUCAGUAUCAAAAGUCCGAUGUGGCACAGGUGUUGGCAAAGGCAGAAAUUGCUAACAGAGCACUCAACAUCACAGAUAAGCAAGCGGUCUUAUUGAGCCCGAGAAUUUAUAACAAGGCUACCACUGAGGAAGACCUAUUGUGGCUCCUCCGAGCGCUGACAUCUGCAUCGGAACACCUCCGGAGUGAAACAAGCGAAGUUUCGGUUGCAUGGGCUGAAGCUAUGAUAUAUCUCAUUUCUGGCCCAUCUAUUCCUCCCGCUGUGCAAAGGAGGGCUGUGCAGGCUUUGUCAAAGCUAUACGCAGAACGACCCGGUGUUAUCUCCGACUUUGUCAUCCAUAGCCUGUGGAAGACACUCAGCCAGCUACACAGUAAUGAGAAAGACAUGAAGCUAGAAAGCGCAAGCUUGGGCAAAGUGCUUCGAUCGAUAGCUUUGCACCCUGUGGAGAUAUCAAAGAACGCUGAUCCAGCAAUCCGAGAGCAGCUAGAAGAGCAAGCGUGCUCAAUCGUCGUUCUGGCGCGGCCAGAACUUAUUUCUCACUCAAACUGGAUCGAUACUGUUAUUCGAAUGGGUAUUGAUCCUGGCGAAUUGACGCGCAACCAUCGCGAGAGUCUACUAAGGGAAAUUGGAGUCAGAACUGCUCCUGAGCAGCCCACAAUCAUUAAACAAGCAGCAUACAAUGCCGCAGCUGAACUCGCGUUUGUCGCGCCGGAUGUCGUCGUUCCACGACUUCUAAAAUUGAUUGGACGGGACCUUGAUCGUGACGGUCUGCGCUCCAUUGGCCCUCUCGAAAUGGCAAUUUCGCGAACUCCCGAGGGGAUAAACUUCGUGGAUGUCCUGGGAAAGAAGGCGAAAGGCAGCACACCCAACAAGAGAAGUCCAGCUGAAGAGAUCCUCAGUUGGGAGCAAGAUGCACGAAGGCAGAUUGAGCAAAGAAAAACUCAAAGCAAGAAGUUGCCUGGAGAAGAUGUUUUAAAGAUAAAUGCACAACUAAGGAAAGAAAAGGGCAUCCGAACAUCGGUGCAAGAGCUGCAAGCAAAGAUAAAUCGCGGCAUUGGCAUCAUCGAAGCGUUGGCCACUGGGCCCCCAACGGAUGCCACUUUGUGGCUUGGCCAAUCUGUGAAACUUUUGCUUGAUGCUAUUGAGGAGGGUGCGUCUUUCGUUGUUGGGGAAGUUGUUGCAACAGCAUUCUUGAAGUGCUCUGAGAAAAUCUCCGUAAGACUUGGAGCCAUGCGACCCUUUAUUGGCGCUGCCACGCUGCGACUCCACGGGGUGGCACUGCCAGAAAGCUUCUGUGAAGAGUCUCUUGAGAAUCUUCUGACAAGGACACUUUACAGACUCAGAUUCGCCGGUGAACAACGUCCUUUUGAUGUCGCUACCCUCACCUACGUAUUGCCACUACUGAUGGAUAUUCUGCGCACUGGUGGUGUUGGCGCAACGGAUGACGAACGCGAUGCUCAAAUUGUUUUGGCUGUGGAAGUCAUUUCUUUCCACACUGAUGUUUGCGAGGAUGAGACGCUCCCCCGCGCCGAGGUUAUCACCACCUUAGUGGGUGCAAUGCAACGGUACACACAGCACUACAAGAUCAUCAAAGACUGUUUCGCAGACAUCUGCCGCUGUAUUGCUCCCAACAUCAGCAGCCUUGAGAUGCGUGUACUGGCCAAGGGAUCGACUGCACCCUCUAGCACAGUCCGUACGGCUAUUUUGCAGUCAAUCAGUGCAGAAGUUGAUAUGACCGAGUUGCAAUAUUCCGCUGAGAUAUGGUUAGCGUGCCACGACGAUCUAGAAGAGAACAGGGAGCUUGGUCGCGAGAUUUGGGAAGAAAGCGGAUUUUCGAUCCAGGAAUCUCUCAUCGCUACAUUGGUGCCGUUCUUGGAGAGUAAAGAUGCACAGUUGCGCAGAUCCGCCGCUAGAUCACUUGCAGAAGCAGUAGCUUCGCAAAAGCGCUGUAUCGAGCCCCUCCUGUCACAGCUGAAAACGUCAUAUAGCGAGCUUGCCAAGCCAAGAGCACAGAAACUUGACGAAUAUGGCAUUUCUGUCAAAAUGGACCUUUCCGAUCCUUGGGAAGCCCGUCAAGGCAUUGCCACGGCUUUCAAAGAACUUUCCCCUGCACUCAACACUGCACAAUUAGAGGCGCUCUUUGUGUAUCUCAUUGAGGCUGGCCCCUUUGCCGAUGUUGAUAGCAAUGUCCGCGGCGAAAUGUUGGACGCUGCUCUCCGGGCUAUCGAUAAUCACGGCAAGGCCAUGGUCGAAACUCUCAUGAAUAAAUUCGAAGCGACUCUUGAGAAGGGUGACCAAACCAGUGACGCCGCUGAUCGAUUGAGUGAAGCCGUUAUUAUUUGCUAUGGUGCUCUCGCUAGCCAUCUUCGCCCAGGGGAUGCCAAGAUUCCGAUUGUCAUUCAGCGCCUCCUGACCACUCUGAGCACUCCUUCUGAAACUGUGCAAUUCGCGAUCGCAGAAUGUCUCCCACCACUCAUUAAGGCAUGCCCUGAGAAGACACCCAAAUAUUUUGAACAAAUCAUGGACGAGCUUCUGAACUCGAAGAAAUAUGCGGUGCAGAGAGGAGCGGCGUAUGGCUUGGCCGGUGCCGUGCAGGGCCGAGGGAUCGGGUCGCUGCGCGAGUAUCGUAUCAUCUCUAAUCUCAAUGCUGCGAUGGAAAAUAAAAAAGAUGCGCAACAGAGAGAGGCGGCGCUGAUCGCAUUCGAGCUUCUUUCAAACAUCCUUGGAAGACUUUUCGAGCCUUAUGUCAUCCAGAUCGUCCCCCAACUUCUUGGUGGAUUCGGUGAUAGUAACGGUGACGUGCGUGAUGCCUGCUUAGCGGCUGCGAAGGCUUGCUUCGGCAAACUCAGCUCUUAUGGUGUCAAGAAAAUCAUGCCAACCCUUCUUGGCGGCUUGGACGACCAGCAAUGGAGAAGCAAGCGUGGUGCUUGCGAUUUGCUUGGUGCAAUGGCCUAUCUGGAUCCAAAUCAGCUUGCCACCAGCUUACCCGAUAUCAUUCCUCCUCUUACCGGCGUGCUGAAUGAUAGUCAUAAGGAAGUACGCGCAGCGGCGAAUCGGAGCCUGAAGCGGUUUGGGGAGGUUAUCAAUAAUCCAGAAAUCAAGAGCUUAGUCGACAUUCUCCUAAAAGCUCUGAGUGAUCCCACCAAAUUCACUGACGAAGCUCUUGAUUCCCUUAUCAAAGUUCAAUUUGUGCAUUAUCUUGAUGCACCGUCUCUGGCUCUAAUAACAAGGAUACUACAAAGAGGCCUUGGCGAUCGCUCUAACACUAAACGCAAGGCUGCCCAAGUUAUUGGUAGUUUGGCUCAUCUGACUGAGAAAAAGGACAUCAUCGUUCACCUUCCAAUUCUGGUUGCGGGCCUGAAGGUUGCCGCUGUUGACCCUGUCCCUACGACCAGAGCCACGGCGUCAAGGGCUCUAGGUUCUCUCGUUGAGAAGCUUGGAGAGGAGGCUCUCCCCGACCUCAUCCCUGGCUUGAUGCAGACGCUGAAAUCUGAUACUGGUGCCGGCGAUCGUCUUGGUUCUGCCCAGGCGCUCAGUGAAGUUCUCGCUGGACUUGGUACAACAAGACUGGAGGAGACGCUGCCUACAAUCUUGCAAAACGUUGACUCUUCCAAAGCAGCUGUCAGGGAAGGAUUUAUGUCUCUCUUCAUCUUCCUUCCUGUCUGCUUUGGCAAUAGCUUUGCCAACUAUUUGGGCCGUAUCGUCCCACCUAUUUUGGCUGGGCUCGCGGACGACGUCGAGUCAAUUCGAGACACCGCUUUGCGCGCUGGUCGUCUUUUAGUCAAGAACUUCGCGGUCCGCGCUGUCGAUCUUUUGCUGCCGGAGCUGGAACGUGGUUUGGCGGAUGACAGUUAUCGAAUCCGACUGAGCUCAGUCGAGCUAGUUGGAGAUCUACUCUUCAACCUAACCGGUAUCAAGGCCAGUACUGAAUUCGAUGAAGACGAUGAUGAAGCUUUUAAGGAAGCAGGAGCUUCUCUCAAAGAGGCUCUGGGGGAAGAAAAGCGUAACAAGAUUCUUUCCGCGCUUUAUGUUUGUCGCUGCGAUACUUCAAGUGCUGUCCGAUCUGCUGCUAUAUCGGUCUGGAAGGCGUUAGUGCAUAACCCCAGGACUCUGAAGGAACUAGUACCGACCUUGAUUCACCUCAUCAUUCGACGACUAGGUAGUUCCAACAUGGAACACAAAAUUAUUGCCAGCAAUGCUUUGGGUGAAUUAAUCCGAAAGGCAGGAGACGGUGUGCUUGCAAGCUUGCUGCCUACGUUAGACGAGGGCCUUCAGACCUCUACCGACUCAGAUGCCAAGCAAGGCAUUUGCCUUGCACUCAGGGAGCUCAUUUCCUCUGCUACGCCUGAGGCACUGGAAGAGCAUGAUAAGACGCUUAUUGCUGUUGUACGAACAGCACUCAUCGAUUCUGAUGACGAAGUGCGAGAAGCCGCUGCCGAAGCAUUUGACUCUUUGCAGAAUAUCUUUGGCAAGCGUGCUGUUGACCAGGUUCUUCCAUACCUGCUCAAUCUCCUUCGCUCAGAAAGCGAAGCCGACAAUGCUCUUGCAGCAUUACUCACACUCUUGACAGAUACGACCCGUUCCAAUAUCAUCCUGCCAAACCUCAUUCCAACACUCACAAGUCCACCAAUCUCUGCAUUUGACGCAAAGGCUUUGGCAUCACUCUCACGUGUCGCUGGCGCUUCUAUGAACCGCAGACUGCCUAACAUCAUAACAUCUCUGCUCGAAACCGAGAUCAACUGCACAGAAGAGGAGCUGCACCGUGACUUGGAAAAAUCUUUCGAUACCGUUGUGCAGUCUAUUGAUGAGUACGAUGGAUUGAAUACUGUCAUGAAUGUUCUUCUGGGUCUUCUCAAGCACGAUGAUCACCAUUGGCGUGCUGCGACAGCGCGUCAUAUGACGAGCUUCUUCGCGGCAGCCUCGGUUGAGUACUCUAGAUACAACCAAGAUAUCAUUCGUUCGCUGCUCAACUCCUUUGACGAUAGCGAUGCUGCAGUGGUCAAAGCUUCAUGGGCCGCCCUGAGCGAGUUCACGAAGAAGCUGAGGAAGGAAGAAAUGGAGUCUCUCGCUCCCUCGACUCGACAGACCCUGCAGCGCGUCGGUGUUGCUGGAGCAAACCUGCGAGGAUUCGAACUACCAAGGGGCAUCAACGCUAUUCUACCAAUCUUUUUGCAAGGCUUAAUGAAUGGUACGGCGGAUCAGCGUGUGCAAGCUGCUCUGGGUAUUUCGGACAUUGUUGAUCGUACCAGCGAAGCUAGCUUGAAGCCGUUUGUCACACAAAUCACAGGUCCGCUUAUUCGUGUCGUCUCUGAGCGGUCAACUGACGUCAAAUCUGCUAUUCUGUUAACGCUCAACAAUUUAUUGGAGAAGAUGCCCACUGCAUUGAAACCCUUCCUGCCUCAAUUGCAGAGAACAUUUGCGAAGUCCUUGGCUGACAGUUCGAGUGAGGUUCUACGCACAAGAGCCGCGAGGGCACUUGGAACCUUGAUCAAGUAUACUCCGCGAAUCGACCCUCUCAUCGCGGAACUUGUUACUGGAUCCAAGACUACAGAUUCGGGUGUCAAGAAAGCCAUGCUCAAGGCUCUGUACGAAGUGAUUAGCAGAGCAGGCGCGAACAUGGGCGCAGCUUCCCGCACGGCUAUCCUGUCAUUGAUCGAUGGCGAUGUUGACGAAAGUGAUGCUUCCAUGGCAAUUACAAAUGCACAGCUCCUUGGAGCCUUGAUAAAGAAUGUGCCCGAGGACGCUGCUGCAAGCCUGCUGCGCAAUCGUGUAGCUACACCAAACUAUAAUCUAUCCUCAGCUCUUGCCCUGAACGCUGUUUUGGUCGAGUCACCAGAGGUAUUGGUCCAGAGUGCCAUGGCUGAGGAUCUCCCUGACCUUCUAUGUGAAGGCAUGACUGCCAAACCAGUGAGUUGUUCCUUCCCAGCUCUUGACUAUUCUUCUAACAAUCGUGGUCAGACCUUUGUUGGAGACAAUUAUAUCUUGGCUGCUGGCAAAUUGCUUCUGUCAUCGCCUCCCAGGAAUUUCGAUGCUACGAAGAGUAUCUUUGAGAGUCUUGCAAGUAUUAUACAGCCGGGCUCCCCUUCAGAUUCUCGCAGGCUGGCCUUGGUCAUCAUACGCACUGUGAGCCGAACAAACAUGGAAAUUGUUCGUCCACAUGUGCCACUGCUGGCUACGCCGAUUUUCUCCAGCGUGCGAGACCCUGUCAUACCCGUCAAGCUUGCUGCUGAGGCGGCUUUUGUGGAGUUGUUCAGUGUUGUAGAGGAAGAGAGCAGGAUUUUUGAUAAGUACAUGGCUGGACCCGGAGCAGAUCUGCCGGCAAAUACAAAGAGAAGCAUGUCCGAUUACUUUAAACGAGUUGCGACGCGUUUGGGUAGCCAGGCCCGUGAAAGAAGAGAGGCUGAGGGUGGACAAGGCGGACUAGGCUUGUCCAACGACGAGCAGGAAGACGAACGUGAGAUUUGGAGCGUUGGGCAAAAAUUUUGGCUUCCCGAAACCCCUCCCAAGUCUUUACCUCUCUCACCAAUAUCGAGGAACGACCAUCUCCGCCUCCCGAUUUUCAAGAUGGUCAAUCUGCGAACUCAGAAGCGCCUCGCCGCGUCGGUCGCUGGCUGCGGCAAGCGCAAGAUCUGGCUCGACCCCAAUGAGCAGAGCGAAAUCUCCAACGCCAACUCCCGCCAGACCAUCCGCAAGCUGGUCGCCGAUGGCCUCAUCAUCCGAAAGCCCGUGACGAUGCACUCGCGCUCCCGCGCCCGUGAGCUCAACCUCGCCCGCAGAGUCGGUCGUCACCGUGGCUACGGUAAGCGCAAGGGUACUGCCGACGCCCGUAUGCCUUCUCAGGUUCUAUGGAUGCGCCGUCUUCGAGUCCUACGCCGCCUUCUGGUCAAGUACCGCGCCAGCGGAAAGAUCGACAAGCACCUGUACCACGAGCUCUACCACCUGAGCAAGGGUAAUACCUUUAAGCACAAGCGUGCUCUUGUUGAACACAUUCACCGUGCCAAGGCCGAGAAGCAGCGUGAGAAGGCUCUCAAGGACGAGAUGGACGCGAAGCGUGCGAAGACCAAGGCUGCCAGAGAGCGCAAGCAGGAGAGAGCUGCCGCCAAGCGUACGGCUAUGCUUGCCGAUGAUGAGUAG